AUGAACACGAGCGAGUUCAACACCUCGCAGCCCGAGACGAGCUCCGUCGUCGCGCCAGCCGCGUCCACGACCUCCUCCGGCGACCAAUGGCGCGUCGUGCUUGGCUUUGCUGUCCUCAUUGCGUCCUACAUCCUUCGCGUCGAAGUCGUUCGCUUCUCGCUGCGCGUUGCUCGCCGCAUUUUCCCCGUUCUGUUCGCGUGGCUGCGCGAGUUUGAAACGAUGUUACUGCGGCCGCUCUCGUGGGUCGUUUUCGUCCUCCUCGCGUGGUUCUCGACGUAUGUGAUGGACUUGGAUGCACUCGUGGACAUGGAAGCGGGCACGCUGCAGGGCAUUGUGACGCUCUUGCUCGGGCCGCCACUCGUCUGGACCGUCAUUUGUCUGUGCAAUUACGUUGCGUGGGGGAUCAUUCGCGUCCAAGGAUGGAGUCGAGCUGUGUCGAAAGAUGACGACGACUAUAGUCGCGUCAUGAUUAUUACUGAGGGAAUUGGCGUGAUUAAAGUGUUGCUGGUGGCAGCAGUCGUGUCGACGUGCAUUGUGGAUGAGAUUGGUCGGUUUACCGACUUUGAGUCGGGACAAGUGUCCACGGUGGCCGUGACUAUGGUGGAGUUUGUGGUGGUGUUCGGUGCACAUUCUUGGCUGAAAAACAUCAUGGGUGGGUUAAUGACGCUGCAAGAUGAGCAGAUUAAGAGCGGACUUCACGUAUCCUUCCAGGGCCACGAAGGAGUGGUCGAGCGACUGUUUCUGCAGGGAUUUUCGCUGCGCCAGUACGACAAGAGCGUGGCAUACAUUCCGAACAGUAUUAUGCUGGAAAACUCAGUCACGGUACAGACAAAGAGUCUAGACCGGCGCUGUGUCAUUCCUGUGCAUCUGAGCCACGCGACACGCACGACAGCGCUUCGCAUAUUCAUCCAAGAGUUAGAUAGUUUUCUGACGCAGCACAUGAAGGAUUGCCACGCAAAUACAAAAGGGGGCAUUCUUGGACUGGAGAAGCCGCAAGGUGGGUGGAACAUGAUGAACUUGUACGAACGCAACAAACAGCUUGCAAUAGAAGAAGCAUCUCAACCUCGGGGCCGCUUCUGGAUCAGCAUUGAGGCACCGUACCUAGUACACGUCGUCUAUUAUUCGCAGGAGCGACACAUCAAAAAGCUGCUGGUCGAGAAGACUGAGAUCGUAUUACGCAUAACGGAGCUGGUGACCAAACUCCAGCUGAGUCUGUACGGAAAUGAAAACGAACACGUGAAGCCAGAGUUAUCAGCCCUUCCGUUGCCGGCUGAUAUCGAAGUGCCAGAUAUGAACGAACGACACUCGAGCUUUGUCCCACAGCCGAUUUCAGGGAUAUCGAGCUGUCGCCGAAGGAGGCGGGCACCGCCGGCAAGCGAACCGUUGGGGCGACGCAUCUCCAGCAAUAACGAUGCGUUGCAGCACCGCCGACUUUUUGGGGAUCGUGCCAACGAAGUAUGA